GCAAAGCUUGGCGAGAAAGAUAAAGAGGUCACUUCCAAGAAACUUGUCCAAGAAUAUUCAACCCUGAUUUUGUCUUAUAAAUACAUAUCAUGAAACUAAAUCUAAACAUCAUAAAAAACUCUAAACAUGUCUCCCUUGGCGUCUUUCUUUGGUUGCUUCGUUCCAAAAUCCAGGGCAAAGAUUAGCUCAACCAAUGAUAGUAACUCGAAAGUCUUGUCCUUGGAGAAACCAAAAAUCAAAUCAAAAUCUCCGAGAGCUCCAGUCAUCGUGUCUUAUUUUCCCGCAGGUUCGAAUCUUUCGCGUUUGUAAGAGAAGAUAUAAGAUAUGCGGGGACGUAUCUAAACAAUUCACCAAUCAUGUAAUAAUGUCAAACGUGGUGCGUAUUUAAAUGAAAACCGCACUCCACAGCAAAACAACAAAACGACAACAAAAUAUAUAUUAUUUUGUCUACUUUUCACUACAAAAGCGGUGCGUAUUUACCCGCAUCAAACUAGGGGAGUUAUGACAAUCUAAGUGCGGUUUUAUGUAUACUAGAUCCUUUCUCCGCGCUACGCGCGGAUAAUAUAUUUAAAUUUGUUAUAUUUAUUAUUUUUAUUUGUAUGUGAAUUUUUAUAUAUUAAAUUAUAUAUAACUAAUUUUUAAUUUUUUUUUUAUAUU